AUGGCUGUGUGGCAGGCAGGAAGGAGGACCCCCAGUGCAGGAUACUUGAAGCAGAGGUGCCAGCUGGUCAGCGCAAGUCUUAAGGACACUUCCACUAUUACCGUCUGGUCCAGCCGCUUUCCUGAAGUAAAUCUUCGGAUUGUGCUCGUUGGGAAAACUGGAGUUGGAAAGAGUGCAGCAGGAAACACCAUCUUAAGAAGAAAAGCUUUUGAAUCAAAGAUGUCUUUUAGGUCUCUGACAUCAGAGUGUCAGAAGAAAACAGGAGAAUUUGAAGGUCAAACGCUGGCUGUAGUUGAUACUCCAGGUCUGUAUGACACCGACAUGACUGAAGAUGAAGUGAAGAGAGAAAUGGUAAAUUGCAUCUCCUUUGCUGCUCCUGGUCCUCAUGUAUUCCUGAUUGUAACCCAGCCAAACAGAUUCACCAAAGAAGAACAAAAAACAGUAAUGGUUCUUCAGGAGAUGUUUGGAAAGGAGGCAGCCUGUUACACUAUGACCUUGUUCACCCAUGGAGAUGAUCUGGAAGAAGGAGUUUCCAUGGAUGAAUUAAUUGGUCAGAGUACAGAUGUCCGUGACUUCAUCCGUCUGUGUCAUGGAGGAUAUCAUGUUUUUAACAACAGAUCUAAUGAUCCCUCUCAGGUCAGAGAGCUGCUGAAGAAGAUCAAUGAAAUGGUUCAGAGGAAUGGAGGAAGCUGCUUCACUAACGAAAUGUUCAAAGAGGCUAAAAGAGCCAUACUAGAAGAGCUGAGACGACUUCUUCAUGAGAAUGUGACGAUGAAGACUGAAAAAGCACGAUGUCGAGCAGAGAGAAGCAACAGCUUCUUACGUGCUCUGCUAAAGAGUGCUACAAUUGCUGUUGGAGUUGCUGUUGGAGUUGCUGUUGGAACUAGAUUAGGAAGUCUGGGAGGUCCAGUUGAAACUGGAGUGAAGGUGUGUGCAGUACAGUGACGUCCAGAGUUUGUGAUCACUGAGCUGAUGCUCACAUGCAUACUUGGCACUUCGUCUGCUUUUCACUGAAUGUAUUAUCUUUACUAAUAGCUGUUUGUUUAUGUUAAACUAGGAGCUUCUUGCAUUCACUGGUUGUGAUUAAGUUGACGUAAUAUUUUCUAAUAUUCUCUGACUUCUUCUGGCAGGAAAAACAUUUAAUAAAGUUUCUUUUCUCAUUCUGUCAAAGGAGGAACGACAGUUUAUUGUGGUGAUUAGAUAUUAAAUGUAUAAGGCAAAACAAUGAGAUUAAGCACAACAAAUGCUUUUUAUUUUGUGCACAAAUAAAAAUGUUUUUAAAAAGUUUUCAAUGUGUUUUCUCCUGUUAUUAAAUAUUUGAUUAAAAUAAAGUAAUAAAAGGGGAAAACAGGCUGCUCCUCACUUUAACUGAGCAGUCCAAUGUGACCCAUAGUCAGCUUGAAAAGAUUCAAUGAUUACCAAUAAAAAUGGUGUUUAGAUCAAGU